GGCCCUGCGGGCGGGAUUGGGCCGUAACUGUCCCGCAGGGCUGGGGAAAGCGCUAGCCCGUAGGCUGGAGGUGGCGCGAAGCUAGGGCCUCCCUGACGCCCCGCUGCGAGACUUCGGCUGACUUGUCCCUCCGGGCCUCGGUGUCCUCGUAAUGAUAACAGUCCCACGUUGGGUACUGAACGCUCCAGUGUCAGAGUUGACUAAGAAGUAUUCAGAAGCCAAGUCAUGGAUCCACCUGCACGUAAAGAAAAAUCCAAAGUUAAAGAACCUGUCAGCAGAGUAGAGAAGGCCAAGCAGAAAUCAGCCCAGCAGGAGCUGAAGCAAAGACAAAGGGCAGAGAUCUAUGCCCUCAACAGAGUCAUGACUGAACUGGAGCAGCAGCAGUUUGAUGAGUUCUGUAAACAGAUGCAGCCUCCUGGUGAGUGAGCCGAGUGUUCAAAGGAGCUGGACCCUGGAGACUUUGUCUGUGAGCUACCAGUUUUAAGCUGAGAUGGCCCAUUUGGAGCCUGACAGAACUAAACAAGAAGACAUUUGUGUUAUUCCUAAAACUGGAUAAAUCUGAACUUCCUGUAUGUAACUUUUGCUUCACUGGUUCCUCCAAUCAGAAUUGGCCCAAUGCUUGCUGAAGAGACUUGUUUUAUUCUUUUAAGACAGUGUUCUUUUUUUAAAAAACCUUUUUAUAUUGUUUGAGAAAAAAAAAAUCAGUGUUUCUUGUGAAACUGCAAAUUUUCUCCAAAAAUACAAAUAAAAUA